AUGAAUAAAUUCAUCUUUUGCUUGAAGAUUGUUACAUGUUCCCUUUUAUUAUGGAUAUUCCAAUGCUUUUUCAAUUGUAAUUCCAGUAAAUCUGUGAUUAAUAAAAAUGUAAAAGAGGAAAUAUUGGGAUUAAAAUAUAAAAGAGCACUAGGAGAAACUACAGAAUUAAAAAAUGAAGGUCCAUUUGAUGAUAUAAAAUUUAUAGAUGAUGAAAACCAAGAUGAAGGAGAUGAAGCAUUGACACAGGAACAAGAAAAUGUUCCAAAAAUAGAAACUACAACUCAAUUAGGUGGAUAUGAAGAAUAUAGUAGUGAUGAUGAAGAAAGUGAAACAGAAGAGUUGUGUAAAUUCCAUGCAGAAGUAUCCGAGAAAUGGAAUAAGAAUAUUACGCAUAUGUGGAAUGUUUUUUGUAGUCAAACAAGAGGAUUUGAUGGCAAUUGGAGAGCCCAUAAGUGGUAUGAUGUAUGGCAUUCUAGAUUAAGUUAUGAAAAUUAUAAAAUGGAUGUGGUUGUUUUUGAAACAUCUUAUCCUCUCGAAGAAAAAAAAAAAUUACUUGAUAAAUGUUUAGAAGCUAUGACGAGAGAUUUCAAAGAUUUUAUGUCUCAAUGCAAAGAAGAAUGGAAUAAACAAGCAAUGCUUGAAGCUGAAAAAAGAGAACAACAAAAAAUGAUAUUACAAAAAGCAGAUGAUUCCUAUGAAAAAGAGAAAGGAAAAAAAGAGGAAUCUGUAGAGUUACUUUCUUCACCACUUUAUAAAAAUGAAAAUGAAGACAAAAAAAAAUUCUACCAAAAAUUAUCUAAGAAUUGGAAUGAUAUUAUUAGAAGUAUGUGGAAACUCUUUAAGUUAAAAACAGAAGGAAUCAAUGAUGCAUGGAGAAAAAAAAAAUGGAGUGAAGAAUGGCAUUCAGUUAUUACUAUGGAAAAGACUGAUUUACAACUAAGUUUUAUUGAAGGGCACGUUCCUUUUGGUGAAAGAAUUCGUUUAUUUGACGAAUGGACAUUUAAUCUCUUAAGUAGAUUUAACUUAUUUUUGAAGACAUGUAUCGCAGAAUGGAAUGAAAAAAAAUUAAUGGAAUCAGAAGGUGCAGAAGGUGCAGAAGGUUCAGAAGGUUCAGAAGGUUCAGAAGGUUCAGAAGGUUCAGAAGGUUCAGAAGGUUCAGAAGAUUCAGAAGAUGUAGAAGUUGAUUAA